AUGUUGAAAUUUAUAUUACGACCUCCAGAUAUAUUUAAAUAUCAGAAUUGCAUAACAAGAACGUGUAUAACCAAUUCUUCAAAACCUGCUGAUGAUGAAAAAGAGCGGGAACUGGAGAGAAUUGCAAACAAUGCAUCCAUUGACAGUCCACCUACAACCUGUUGUCAGUCUGGAUGUGCAAACUGCGUCUACAUAGCUUGGGCUGAGGCUCUGUCAGCUAAGAUGGAAAGUGAUGCAGAAAUAGCAGAAAAAGUAAUCAAAAUGGUGGAUGAUCCAUCUAUGCAGGCAUACCUUGAAUUGGAACUAAGGUUAAGAGGUUUGAAAAAAAAGUAA